AUGCCUCAAGCAGAGACAAUUCCCGUGCAAGUAGGGACCGCAAAGCGGCUCACCGAGUUCAGUCUCGCGGACAAAGUGGUGCUUGUGUCGGGUGCCGGACGGGGUUUGGGUUUAGUCCAGGCGGAAGCUCUUUUGGAAGCCGGUGCUACAGUCUAUGCCCUUGACCGUCUCGAGACACCCUCCAGCGACUUCGCCAGAAUCCAAAAGCGUGCUGAGCAUGAGCUGGGCACAUCCCUCACCUACUACCGCGUGGACGUACGAGAAGUUGAGCAAUUGAACAGCAUUGUUGAAGAAAUCGCAAACAAGCAUGGAAGACUAGAUGGUUUAAUCGCUGCAGCCGGUAUUCAACAAGAAACUCCUGCAUUGGAAUAUACUGCCAAAGACUUUGAUACCAUGAUGGGCGUUAAUGUCACGGGGUGCUUCUUGACUGCACAGGCUGUGGCAAGACAGAUGAUUAAGUUUGGGAAUGGAGGAAGCAUUGUGCUGAUUGCAAGCAUGAGUGCGACAAUUGCUAAUAGGGGCCUCAUCUGCCCGGCUUACAAUGCCUCCAAAGCCGCCGUUUUGCAGCUAAGCCGAAACCUGGCCAGCGAAUGGGGCCAAUACGGCAUCCGUUGCAACACUAUCUCGCCUGGCUACAUCGUGACCGCCAUGGUGGAAGCACUCUUUGAGAAAUUCCCUGAGCGGAAAGUAGAGUGGCCCACCCAGAAUAUGCUCGGGAGAUUGAGCAAGCCAGAGGAAUACCGUGGCGCAGCAACAUUUUUGAUCAGUGAUGCUAGCAGUUUCAUGACCGGUUCGGACUUACGAAUGGAUGGAGGCCAUGCUGCGUGGUAA